AUGGAUGAAAUAACAGAGUCUAGCAUGAGAUACGGACUUUAUAUAAAUACAAACAAAACUAAAUUUAUGAUUAUAAGCAAGGAAGACAUCACAGGAGUCCACAUAAACAUAAAUCAAAUCAGAAUAGAGAGAGUACAUAAAUACCAAUAUCUUGGCACCGUCAUUAACGAACAAUGGGACAAUGCAGAAGAAAUCAAGUGUCGUAUUGGAAAAGCCAGAGAUGUAUUUAAUUCAAUGAGUGCGUCAUUCAAGAGCCACGACCUAUCUCUACAUUUAAAAAUACGACUACUGAGAUGCUACGUGUUCUCAACUCUUUUGUAUGGUGCAAAAACUUGGACUCUAACCAAAGCGACUUCGAAUAAGUUAGAUGCAUUUGAAUUAUGGUUAUACAGAAGAAUUUUGAGAAUAUCAUGGACUGAGAAGAUUACCAAUAUUGAGGUAUUGCGUAGAAUGGGGAAGGAAAAGCAAUGA